AUGGCGGAAAGAGAACUCGUGGCGGACAUGCGGGCUUUGCUGGCUGCAAUGGAGGGCCAAGGGCCGGGCCCAGCCGAAUGCGGGACAGCGGGGGCGGCGACGGAGAGAAAGCUCCGGACAACAUUGCCAACACUAGAAGACAAGCUUGGGCAGUUACUGGGGGCGUUGCGGUCAAACGGCGCCGACGAGUGGGCGGGGAAGCCUGCACAAGAGGAUUUGGGUAUGCAGUUUUUUCUGCAACCCGACGAGGUCGUUGACCGCGACGAGGCGGAACAGCGAACAUCCCAAGGCGAGGGCGACGGUAUCGACGGCCUCAUGCGCGAGUACCUCGGCGCGGUCGAGCGGGUUUGGCGCCUCGGCGAGCCGGCCCCAAAAUAG